CGGGCCGGCAGCGCCAUGGCGGAGAGGCGGCGGCGGGCCCGCGUGCAGGGCGGCUGGGCCGGCGGGGCGGCGGGGCGGCUGGCAGCACCGAAGGCGCCCGAGGCCACCAGCGGUUCCCCCGCAGGCAGCGGGCAGGCGUGGGUGAGGAGAGAUCAGCUCCGCUCUCAGAAGCAGUUUGUUUUUGAAAAGCCAUCAGAGGUGGAACGCAGAGUUCCAGAGGCAGGCGUGAUAGACAAACCCGGUGUGUUUGAGCUCAGCACAGGACCAACCGGUGUUUCCAGGAUUCAUUUGGUUCCUGGCUUCAUUGACUCAGAGCAGGCAGACUGGAUGUUUGAACAGCUCCUGCAAGACAUACCGUGGGGUCAGAGAACUCACACCAGGCAGGAAGGAUCUUUUGAGGAGCCACGGCUUACCUCCUGGUAUGGGGAACUUCCUUACACUUACUCCAGGAUAACAAUGCAGCCAAACCCAAAUUGGCAUCCUGUGCUGACCAUGCUAAAGGAGCACAUUGAGGAGUUCACUGGCCAUACUUUCAACUCCCUUCUCUGCAACCUGUACCGAAAUGAGAAGGAUAGCGUGGACUGGCACAGUGAUGAUGAGCCAUCGCUGGGAAAAAAUCCUGUCAUUGCCUCGCUCAGCUUUGGUGCUACCCGGACCUUUGAGAUGAGGAAGAAACCUUCCCCUGAAGAGAAUGGAGACUAUACUUUUGUAGAGAGACUAAGAAUCCCGCUUGAUCAUGGAACUCUGCUGAUGAUGGACGGAGCUACCCAGGAGGACUGGCAGCAUCGAGUACCUAAGGAGUACCAUUCCAGAAAUGCACGUAUAAACUUGACCUUCAGGGUCAUUUAUCCAGAACCUGAUGGAGUUUGGAAGUGAAGAGGCACUUUGGGCAUUGUUGACUAUAAACUACGGGAGAUCGAGAGCCUCAGAUUCAAAAGAAGCCUUACGGGAAGGAGUUCUGAGAAAUGUCUGGUGGGGAAGAGAACUGAUGUCAUGAAGAUCUUUGACAAUCAGAAGUUACCUGUUAUGCAAGUUGUGCUAUUUUGUUUUCAGAAGUGGUGUGCUUUCAGGUGACACUAAAUCAUAGACUUUGUUUGCAAAAAAAAUGAUUAUACUUAAAAGAACAUGGAAGCUCUGAGAGGUAUUGACCAGAGCAGUCAGCAGCUCAGAACUGACUCUAGGUUGCCGUGCUGGAGUUUGCCUGGCGUACCUGUUGUUAGGAACCAGCAAGCUGGUAAUUGCUACCUUGAUGUUAGGCCAGGUACAGGUUAAUACUCAGUUAUGCCCCUAUGUUAAGGUAUCAAUGACCUACAAGACAGGCUGUUGAGCUCUUUAAUUCCCUGUGCUCUGAAACUGGGCAGAAUCAUUGUCCUUGUGUAUCAGCCAAAUUUAUUAGCAACUUCUUUAUCCAUACAGUUUUAGAAAUAGCUUAUUCUUCUAAAAUGAAUGAAUGUUAUUAGAAAACCUGCUUAAUAAUCUAAUAAUGUCUUUGCUUUCAUCCCAACUCCUACAGAAAUAUGUUUUUGGAAAUACGUUUGAAGUAUAUUUUCAGUUUGAUGCUAAUUCCUUCAAUUUGAAUCCAAGUUCUAGGCUCUGUGAUGCAUCUCCUGAGAAUGAGCAUUGAAGCAGUUGGCCAUUUCCUUUAAGGUUUAUUUUCUUCAGGUAACGGAUACUUUGUUUAUUACCCUGUAUGCAUGCCCACUUUUGGCAGUUCUUACAGGGCGUGUUUUUCCUUAACCAAGGAGCUCUGCAGACUUCUCCAGGUAUUCUGACAAGGCAACAUUUUAGCAUCUGUCAGCUCAGACAAGCUACCUCUGUUCACACUGUGUUACCUGUAGUCAUGCUGCUAGAGCGAAUAGGAGGUAGGGACUACUGGGAACCUUUAAAUCCCCAAACCUCAGCCUAGGGAAAUUGCAACUGGUUUGAAUUCAGUGAAGCCCUGAUGUGUAACUGAUGGCAGGACUGUGCUGAGGAAAAACAGUUCUUCGCUUACUUUCUCAGCUUUAAUUUAUAAUGUUAGCAAAUUGUGGUUUAGUUUAUUUGCUCUGAGCUGUGAGAAGACAAAGGUUUACCUCAAAAUAAAAGAACUUACGAGAGAA